AUGCCUUCACUGUCCAAAGGAGCUAAACAGAAAUGCUUUUAGCGUCCGUGCUUUUAUUGUGAAGAAAGGCACGUGACGAGAACCCUGGUCCCUUAUUGGCCUGUGCUUGUCGGCGGACGCAGGAGGACGGAAGAAGUGAGUUGAUCGUACGCGAUUGAUCCGCGCGCUGAUCAAUGGCUCUCUAUCCCCGCCACGACUGACUGUUGGCCUCCAUGGAAAGGACCAGCCUUCUGAGAGCCAGACAGGCUUCAGCAGAGGAAGCAGAGGAAGCAGAGCUACCAGCGUCAAAUCUGUCUGGCGAAAUGAGACUUGCAAAAAGAUGGGGUUCUCAAAGACGUGUGCUGGUGUGGGGUGGCCUUCUUGGAUCACUGCUGCUGCUGCUGAUGGUGUCCAUGACGCAGUUCCAGUGGCACAUAGACACAGUUCAAGAGUGGCAUGUCAGCCCCACCCACAGGAAGCUUGUGCAGGAUUAUGUACUCAAAGUUCUGGAUGGACAGUGCCGUUUGGACGGUGCCAGAAAACUGCUUUUAACACGACUUCCUACUUCAAGCCAUGUGUCUCAGCCCUUCCUGUGGAAGAACAUGCCGUAUCCUGACGACGUUUUCACGUACGCACCUCCGUUUGGCUUCAGAGGCUUGGAGGAGAACUUGCACACGCUACUGCAACAGCUUCCAAAACUGGACAAGGUCACCCAGCCGGGAAGGACAUCCGAGAAGUGUCAGCGGUGUGUUGUCAUUGGAAAUGGCGGCAUUCUCAAAGGCCUGGAAUUGGGUGCCCUCAUUGAUCAUUUUGACACCAUAAUCAGACUUAAUAGUGGUCCUCUUGGUGAGUACAGCAUUGAUGUGGGGAAUCGCACCAGUAUCAGGAUGAGCUACCCAGAGGGCACUCCGCUCAAUUGGAUGGACACAGACGCACAUGCUCUGUUUGUAGCUGUGGUGUACAAAGGAGUGGAUAUCAGCUGGACAGCUGCUAUGGUCAAUAAACAGCCUGUGCCUUGGAAGGACUGGUUUUUCUUUUGGAAGAAGGUUGCAGCUCAAAUCCCAAUAGAUACCUCAAGAUUCCGGCUUCUUAACCCACUUGUUAUCAGAGAGGCUGCACUGGGUCUGCUGAAGUACCCUCCACCAUCCGCUCGCCUCUGGGGAUGGGACCAGAAUGUGCCGACCAUUGGGAUCACUGCAGUGAACUUGGCCAGCCUUCUGUGCGACGAAGUCAGCAUCGCAGGUUUUGGCUACAACCAUUCCCAGCAGGGGGCGCCACUGCACUACUACGAUCACCAGCCAAUGAGUGCCAUGCUGCAAGAGAAGAUGCACAAUGUGGAUCGAGAAACAGAGCUCCUCCGAAGUCUUGUCAAUGAUGGGGUCAUUACGGACCUGACGGGGGGGAUCCACUGCUACUACUGUACCAGAUGACCCCCACAAACAUUCCCCAAUGCGAGGGCGGCGCAUAGACAUUCGCAGGUCAAAUCAACUAUGAAAUGAUUCACAACUUAAGUUCUUCCAACAAGCAAGUUAAUCAUGAUAGCAAUAUAAACAAAACCAUCUACCUGUUACUGUGCCGCGGAUAUAAUACCAAAGAAAACCACUAUAUUUAUUCUUCUAUUUAUAGAUGUUUUACUGGUUGAUAAAUCAAUGAAAUACAUAUUUUUUUUUAUUAAUGUAUAGAAUGUAUAUAUUUGUCGUGUUUACAACGACAUUCAAACUUAUUUAUUCGGGACUUUUGUUACAUCAGGUUGUCUGUUAAAGAAUGGCUCAACGGGAUCACACGUUACUCAUUUAUCAUGUAAUUUCAACUGGUGUGAUCUCGGAUCUGUCUCCUGAUUUGUCUUAGUCAAUUACUAAUGGUUAGUAGUAUGUUUUUUUUUUUUUUUUACUUUCUUCGUCUUAAUUUUUUUUCCCUUUUUCAAAUGACCUUGUUUUGGUUCACAUUUACACACAAUUCCAAAGUCAUGAAAGGUAUUGUAAAAAAAACAUGUUUUGUAUGUUGCUUCAUAUUGUAUUGCUUUUCUCUCUGAACUUGAAAUAAAAACAAAUCAAUCAUUGCAUAAAAUGA